AGCCUCAAAAAGGCAUCCAGAAAUCCCAAAAUGAUAAAUUUUUGUGGAUAAGAAUCUCCAAUGGAUUUCACAACACAAACUUUGGCCACUAGAAAACAACACUCCGUCCACUACAUGGGGCAGCUGCUGCUGCUGGGCUUUCAUGCAACUUCCGUCCAUGCAAAUGCGGCACCGUCGUCCGCUACUCCUUCUGCAGCCGCCCAUCUGAAGAGAAUCCAAAUUGGACGAGCUUUGUCUCCAGCCAUCUUUACAUAUUCAGUGGCAGUGAACGAGAAUGCUUCAAUAUGUUGGGAUUUGGUGGAAAUUGAUUUCCCUUGAGGCAUGGUGAAGGUGGGGUGAAAGUUUUACGAGCAGGUCGAGCAGAACUGAGACAGUUUUCAUGGGUGCUCAAAAAGAGGGAACGAUAGCAAGCAAAAAUCUGUCUCAAGGAUCACCAGAAAUGGAAUCAUGUCUUCGCAAGAAUGAAGUAAAGUUAGUUUCAAAUCCAGUGGAUUUGCAAAUUCAAUCCCGCUGUUUUCUCUGUUUGGGUAACAAUAGCUGCCGAACAGUACGUUCACGAACAAAACUGAUGAACAUCUUGGUUGAAAGAGGGAAGCCUCAGGAAGCUCAAUUCAUUUUCGAUAGUUUAGUAGAACAAGGACACAAACCAACCACUGUGACAUACACAGCUCUUGUAGCUGCUCUGACUCGGCAGAAACGUUUCAAGGCCAUUUCUGGACUCUUAUCCAAAGUGGAAGAAACUGGCAUUAAACCUGAUUCCAUACUCUUCAAUGCCAUAAUCAAUGCAUUCUCUGAAUCUGGCAAUGUAGAAGAGGCCAUGGAAACUUUUCAGAAAAUGGAGGAAAGUAGAUGUAAGCCGACGACUAGCACUUUUAAUACCCUCAUAAAAGGCUACGGAAUUGUCCGUAAACCUGAAGAAUCUAUGAAGUUACUGGAGUUAAUGACAAGAACUACAAAUCUGAAACCCAAUAACCGGACUUAUAAUAUCCUUUUGGGAGCUUGGUGUAAGAAGAAAAAUAUAAAGGAGGCAUGGAACGUAGUGCUUAAGAUGAUUUCAGCUGGAAUGCAACCUGAUGCUGUCACAUAUAAUACAUUGGCGAGGGCUUAUGCUCAGAAUGGGGAGACUAGCAAAGCAGAAAAUUUAAUUGUAGAAAUGCAAAACAAGAAGGUACGUCCCAAUGAGAGAACAUGUGGGAUAAUUGUAACUGGCUAUUGUGAACAGGGGAACUUGGCCGACGCUCUGAGGGUUGUCAAUCGAAUGAGGGAUCUCGGCGUACGCCCAAACCUUGUUAUCUUCAACUCUCUUAUCAAGGGGUUCCUAGAUAUUGGGGAUUCGGAUGGAGUCGAUGAGGCAUUGACAAUGAUGGAAGACUUUGGGGUAAAACCAGAUGUGAUAACAUUUAGCACCAUUAUGAAUGGAUGGAGCUCAGCUGGACGUAUGGACAAAUGCCAAGAAAUCUUCAACGACAUGGUGAAAUCUGGCAUCGAACCUGAUAUCCAUGCUUUCAGUAUACUUGCAAAAGGGUUUGUCCGUGCUGGCGAGCCUGUGAAGGCCGAGUCACUUUUGAUUGCCAUGAGCAAAUAUGGUGUGAGGCCGAAUGUUGUGAUUUUCACGACCAUCAUUAGCGGUUGGUGCACUGCAGGUAAAAUGGAGAAGGCAUGGAGGGUUUUUGAGCAUAUGCGUGACAUGGUUGUCUCCCCCAAUUUGAAAACCUUUGAGACCUUGAUAUGGGGCUAUGGAGAAGCAAAACAGCCAUGGAAAGCAGAAGAAAUCCUUCACAUGAUGGAAGAAAAGAAAAUCGUCCCUGAAGACAGCACUCUUAAACUUGUUUCUGAAGCUUGGCGCUCGAUCGGUAUGGUUAAUGAAGCCGUGGCUGAAAGAAAGGAGGGCAGUGAGAUUCCAGAGAAGAGUUCAGAGAGAAUUCACAAGAAAGAAGACCCACCUGCAUCUUAUUCUGAUCUUCUGCAAUCAGGAGUGGUGAUCAUAUCUAAUGGAAAUGGAUCUUCUUAUUCCCAAACAAGAAGCAGAACACUCCCAAAAGGUGUAGAAGUUCCAUCUGGAUGUCCACGGAGCACCUCCACAUCGAUGCUUCUUUGUCAGGCACGUCCCUUUCGCCCGCUGAUUGUAUGCAGAAUCCAGAGCCAAACCCAGUUCUGGAUAUGGAGGCAGCACGCCACAACAACUUGCAGAAUGAGGUUCAUCCAUUAGAAAUGACAACCAGACGACGAGUCGAUGCCUGAAUCUGAUUUGAAAAGUUGAUGAAGAGUAAUCUCGUGCUUUGCUACCUGAAAUUAUAAAUGGUUAAGGCAUUACAAAUACUUGUUUUUUGUUUCCUUUUUGGAUCACUUUCUGUAUUCAGGUGAUGUAAAUACAUUGUUGAGGACCAAAAUCCAAACUAUAUGAUCAUGUAAAUUGCUAUCCUGACAAUAUCUAUACUUUCACUUCCCACAUUGUUCAUUUGA